AAAUCAGAUGAGAGGACGGAAGGGUCUGUCGGAAAGACCAUUUCUGUUUGUGGACUAAGUGGGACAGCACAUUCAUUUUUCAAGUCUGAACUCAAGAUCUCUCUGGAUUCCAGUUUCACUUAUAAUAAUUAUAUCAAUAGCAGUGGAAGGUUAAGUGAUCCCUUUGACAGAAUCUGUCAUUCCACAAGGACUGGAAAUGAAGGACUUUUCACAGUCAGAUGUAGGGGUCUCGCAACGACAAGGAACUCUUGUAACUCGAUCCAUUCGUUUAAGGAAUGAAUUUGUUCGCGUGGGACUUGCUGAAUGCCUUUGCACAUAUGUUAUGAUGGUUUUUGGCCUUGGUUCUGUGGCCCAGGUUGUGACAGGACAAGGAUCUUUCGGACAUUACAUCAGCAUCAACUUGGGCUUUGGGCUCGGUGUUGCAAUGGGGAUUCAUGUCGGAGGAAAAGUUUCAGGAGCUCAUAUGAACGCAGCUGUGUCCUUCGCCAUGUGUACGUAUGGCCGCCUUGUGUGGAAGAUGCUCCCUGUCUAUGUUUUUUCACAGCUGUUAGGGUCUUUUUUGGCUGCGGGGACAGUUUAUGCUGUGUAUUAUGAGGCAAUACAUGACUAUUGUGGAGGAAACCUGACUGUAACUGGUGUCAAGGCCACUGCUGGUAUCUUUGCCACCUAUCCUGCACCAUACCUCUCCUUGUUGGGUGGAUUAAUUGACCAGGUUUUUGGCACAGCUAUGCUGCUGCUGUGUCUGAUGGCUUUGUCUGACCAGAAAAACAAACCAGCGGCAGCAGGCAGCGAGCCUGCCAUCGUGGGUCUCUUGGUGCUGCUCAUUGGCAUUUCUCUGGGCAGCAACAGCGGAUACGCAAUCAACCCCACCAGAGACAUCGGACCGAGGUUCUUCACUGCUAUCGCAGGCUGGGGGGCUGACGUGUUUAGGUCAGGAAAUGGUUGGUGGUGGGUGCCUAUAGUUGCCCCAACAAUUGGAGGUGUGCUGGGUGCGGGGCUUUACAAAGUCCUGGUGGAACUCCACCACCCGCCAGACUCUGAAACAUGCACUGGGCUUACAAAGUUAGAAGAGGAGACAGCGCCGCUGGAAAAACAAAACAUCGACAAUGAUGUAUGUGUGUGAGACCUCCAAAUGCUAAUGUGAAGCCGUGUGCACGCGUGUACAGUUGAAACAUUCCAAAAUUGCUGUGAUAGGAGGGCAGACAAAGAAUGUACAAAUAUGUGACUUGUACUGUAUCAUACAAUUUUAGAUGCAAUUUGCAAUACUCAAACACAGUUACUGUAAUUGAGAACAAUUUAGAACCGGCAGUACUUCAAAUAGAAAGGGCUCUCGGCCAAGGUUACUAGCCUACUUAUUAUAUGCAAAUCCCCACCAUCCUGUUUACAGAUAGGAGUGAGAUGUUGGCCCAGGUUGAAGUUGAAACCUAAAACAGAUGUUUUCAUGAACAGAGGCUGCAGUGUUUUAAUGCUGGUGCAAAGCAGCUGGUCUCACUGAAUAUCACAAGCAGCAUACCACUUACAUAAGCUUCAGUAGUAUAUUCAUUUUAUAUUGAGGAAUAGGUGCCAUACAUUCAUCAAGACAGAAGUCUACCGGGAAAAUGUGCAAAUCUGACCUAGGUGUUGGAACUACUUGGAAAAUACUUGAGCCUAAACUUGAAUAUUGAAGUCUGAUCAAGCACGCUCAACCUCACGCUCUGGGCAUUACACUUCAAAGUGAAUCAUCGACAUACAGUAUAUCUUUCCUUAUGACUACUUGGAGCAUGUUAAGUGAGCUAUUUAUUCGAGAAACAUAUCUUGCUUACUUUCUCGAUGGCCUCACAUAGUUUCUGUCUCCUGUUAAUCCACUUGUUUCCUGUAUUGACACAAUGUAAAAUGUGUCAGCUCUACAAUUUUAAGUCCUUCAACAAACUGUUAAAACACACUCCCCAGGGUAAACUAUUCUCCUGCAGGAUUAUUUUUAAAAUUUUCUUGCUGCCUUCACUUUACCAGUGAACAUUGUUUUAUUUAUGCGGUUAUCUUCGUCGGAUUACUGUGUUCUAUGCCAUUAUUUAUAUAUUAGAUUAAAAAAUUAAAUAUCUACAACGACAACAUCAAGCCUUGUAAUAUAACUACAUACGCAGUAUAUGGAAAUGCAGCAAUCACUUACGUGCUUCUGCUAGUUUUUACCAUAGGUGCCGCUCACGAGCAUGUUAAAAGUAGCUGUGAGCGCUGAUUCUUCGGGUGAAUUGGCCAAGAGCCUCACUACUAAUAUGUAGUGGUUAAAUACUGGAUAAAAACUACAACAAUGCAGUACAGUUGAUUGUUUAGCGACCUCAAAAGUACCAGUUUCAUCGCUUUGCUACACUGGGUUUCCCUCCACUGCCUUGGCUUUUAGCAUUGCUCACGAGGCUGCACGGUGCUGAUGGCUUCUUUUUGGGGGUGGGCACCUUGGCUUUGGCUUUAAAGGCCUUAAUGGGGUCUAGCUUGUUGAGGUGGGAGUCUCCAACAGAGUCACUCAGGCUGAGAUCAUUUCUGAAAGUCAGCGGCUGGUACAGCGAUGCCCACUGCUGCCGAGAGAGAAGAUUGGUUAGAGAGACAACAAAAACAUCUGUACUAUGCAGUAUAAUAUCCAUGUGCAAAUGGAAUUAAGAUCAAUUAUGCAUUUCAAUAUAAAACAUUUUUGCACUGUGCGAUCACACUUUGAAUGCUGCAUCAAUUUUAUCCACAAACAUUGCAUUAUG